GCUGGGCGAAUAUUUUUCAGUGGAUAAGACGUUAUCAAAUCUCAGCGACUUUUACACUGUAAAAAAUGAUUGGACAGGUGAUUAGAAAAGUGAGGUUGCGUGUUGUCGCUGAGUGGGCGUAUUGUUUUGGAAAUUAAUCUGGGAGGAUGACUUCGUCUUCAACCUUUGAAUACACGUACAAGGACUACAAUGGAACGCAGAAAACCAUCAAACACCAAGUGGAAAUUCCCUACAAGGAGGAUUACGCAGAAUUGGCGCACAGAAUUGUGGCUGACAUGGACCCAGUGAUGAAGUACUUGGACGCAGAUGUUGAACUAAAAGUGGCCCUGAAGGCAUUUGUGGAGCGAGAGAAUCAGAACUUCUACGACAGACGGGAUGAGAAUCUCUUGGCCAAAGCCAGAAAUGGUCAAGUUGACGUGGAACAUCUUGUAACGGAGAUGGACAAACUGUACAAGGAAGAAGUACUGGAGUUCGCGGAGAGAAUUGGUCCCACCGAUGAGGAGAUAUUCGCUUUGGCAUUCCAUCAAAUGGUCCACUCACCAUUGCUUCCGGACAUUCUGGCGAAAGAGCAAAACUACGCGAAAAGCAUCUCAGAACUGAACACUCGGAUGUAUGAGGAGAUCGAUGACCUCAACAAGAAGCAGGCUGCGGAAAUGGACGAGAAGGUGCAGCAGCUGGACGUGUCCACAACAUCCGAGGAUAUCAAUGCCCUUCUCUCGCAGCACUAUUCGAACCAAAACCUCAUCCGGAAGCGCUGGGAGUCGACGCUGGAGGCGAAGCGAGGACACCAGAAGCACGAGUACAGGAAUUGGGUGACUAGUCAAGUGGGUGAGGCUCUAAUUAACAAUCCCACGGCAAUGCCCUGCUCCUCGACUCCCAUCGGCAACAAAUCCUCUAUGUUUGUCACCCAGAAUCUCUCCAUGGAGGAGAGCUUCACGAUUCACUUGGGCUCUCAGCUCAAGCACAUGCACAAUAUCCGCAUCCUGAGUGCGGAUGUGACGGAUUUCUGCAGUCCUCUGCAUAGGGAUGAGAAUUUGAAUGGACUGAACAUGGCUUUGGGGCUGUAUUCGAGCUCUUUGAGUGGAAUUGUUGUUCUCACGCCGCCAGGAUCUGUUCAAGUACUGCCGAAGAUCAUUAAGAAUGCCAACAUGUCAACGGAAUUCCACUUCGAUCAGAUUGAAAACCAAAUAGAGCGUAUCGAGGAGGAUCUGCGCAAGGGCCAGAGUGAGAGUGGCGGAGGCUCGGGCGGAAGUCCAAAGCUGCAUCCUGGAGACUUCUUCAUCACUCGCCACUCAAAUCUCUCGCAGACUCACGUUAUUUUCCACUUGAUAUCUGAUGAAUCCUCUGACAGUCCGGGCGAGAUCACGUCACGCCAUCCUGUGAUUCUGGGCCUGAGGAACAUCCUUAAGACGGCCUGUCGUCACGAUAUCUCCAUGCUCACAAUUCCCGCGCUGCUGCGCCACGAGAUGUCGGAGGACAUGACGGUGCCCUGGUCAAUCCGGCGGGCUGAGCUGGUGUUCAAGUGCGCCAAGGGAUUCAUGAUUGAGUCUGCGACCUGGGGAGGCACUGAGAUAAACACCCUGCAGCUUCUUCUGCCGCACAAUAUCUCUGAGGAAUUGUUCACAACGCUGGCCGGCAUGGUAUCGGGUGUUUUUCGAGUGGCGAACCCGAAGAUUUUGUAAGAGAGCAUCGCGCUCAUCAGUUUGUAUUAUCGCGCCAACUGUGGCUCAGUGAUAUUAUACUCUACACACUUU